UCAUUUCUGAGGUAGAACAAGGAAACUUCCUUCAUUUGGCUUAGAAGUUGGUGAGUUAAAGCUUGUGUAGGCAGGAAUCCACUUUAAUCAGAUGGUAAAAUUUCCAUUGUAUACUAUUCAAAUGCAGACAAAAAGCUUCAUGGAUUAUAGUACUUUCUUCUUUCUGAAUUUUGGUUCUCUUUCAAACUUAUUCUAUCAGUAAGGGAAGCUGCAGACUGGACAGCUAAAUGAAUAGUACUCUAAAGACUUGAAGGGAAAAAAAAGGCAGGGUAAAUAGUUACUAGCAAAAUAAUUUGGAUCAGAUAAAUAACAAAAGAAUCUAAAAAAUCCAGGAAGAUGAGUUCUUAUGCUUCUUUUGGGUUGUUCACAGGAGAAGUUGUAGGCUAUUGUCUGUUGCAAGUACCACGUGGGGAGAAAAUAAAGGGACUUCAACUCUCAGAAUUCCCUAGUGAGCAUCUUAAACUGUGACAACUGUGUCAUACUUCAACAAUCCUUUUUAGCCUUACAUUUCUAAAACAAACAAAAUGAACUGUUUACACAAUCAUCCUUGAAGAUACAAUUCAUUGUGGCUUGGUUAGACUGAUGUAAAUGUCAAAGUUUAAAUAUUUGGAUUGAGAGUCAAAUGGAUGAUCAGUUUAGCUUCAGCUUUACAGAAAGUAAAAGGCACGAGUUGGCUUUCUGCCCAAUCUCUUAUUCACAGAUGGCUUUUGACUUGUGGGAAUGUGUCUACAGGGAAUAUAUCAAGCUUCUUUUAUAUUUGCGUGAAGAGAACUGAAGUAAUGAGAAGUCAUCAUGGAAGCUCAAUCCCAUAGCUCUGUCAAAAGUGAAAAGAAAAAGAUUGAGAAUCCCAUAGUAAAAUACCCCACUCGAACAGAGGUCAGUGAGAAAGCUGCAGCCUCCAGCACAACAUCUAAUGAGGAUGAAAGUCCUAGACAAACCUAUCACAGAGAGAGAAGAAACGCAAUUACAAUGCAGCCACAAAGUGGACAAGGCCUCAGUAAAAUCAGUGAAGAACCUUCCACAUCUAGUGAAGAAAGGGCUUCUUUAAUCAAAAAAGAGAUCCAUGGAUCUGUAUCACACCUUCCUGAGCCUUCAGUACCUUAUCGUGGGACAGUUUUUGCCAUGGAUCCCAGGAAUGGUUAUAUGGACCCUUCUUAUCAUUCAGCUCCUGCUUUGAAUUCUUUAAAAUAUUAUCCACCUCAUCUUUUCCCAACUUUUCACCCUCCAGUACCAAUUGAGACAAGACAUCAUGAGGGACGUUAUCAUUAUGAUCCAUCUCCCAUUCCUCCACUACAUGUGCCUUCUGCCCCAGCUUAUUCAGACUUACCAUUCAUCAGAAUAUCUUCUCACAGAAAUCCUGCUACAGCAUCAGAAUCACCUUUUAGUGCACCUCAUCCAUACAUUAACCCUUAUAUGGAUUAUAUCCGAUCAUUACACAGCAGCCCUUCUCUCUCCAUGAUCUCAGCUGCUCGGGGACUAAGUCCUACAGAUGCUCCACAUGCAGGGGUUAGUCCAGCAGAAUACUACCACCAGAUGGCUUUACUAGCAGGCCAGCGCAGCCCAUAUGCAGAUAUCAUUCCUUCAGUUGCCACAGCAGGAACAGGUGCCCUUCAUAUGGAAUAUCUUCACGCUAUGGAUAGUACUAGGUUUUCAAGUCCCAGGUUACCAACAAGACCAAGUCGAAAACGAACAUUGUCCUUAUCACCGCUGUCUGAUCAUAGUUUUGACCUUCAGACCAUGAUCCGCACAUCUCCAAACUCCUUGGUGACAAUUCUGAACAAUUCCCGUAGCAGUUCUUCAGCUAGUGGCUCUUACGGGCAUUUAUCUGCAAGUGCAAUAAGCCCAGCGCUAAGUUUCGCAUACCCUCCCACACCAGUAUCCCUCCAGCAGAUGCAUCAACAGAUCAUCAGUCGACAGCAAAGUUUGGGUUCAGCCUUUGGGCAUAGUCCUCCACUCAUCCAUCCUGCUCCAACCUUUCCUACACAGAGGCCUAUUCCCGGCAUCCCUAAUGUCUUGACUCCUGUUCAGGUCAGCUCAGGUCCUUCAGAAGCUGCACAGAGUAAGCCCACAAGUGAGUCUGCAGUGAGCAGCACAGGGGACCCAAUGCAUAACAAGCGUUCCAAGAUAAAACCAGAUGAUGACCUCCCCAGCCCAGGAGGUGGAAGCAUGCAGGAACCACCGGAAGGAAUGACCUCAAUAAAGGAGGAAGGGGAGAAAGAUGAAAGCAAGCAAGAACCUGAAGUGGUCUAUGAGACAAACUGCCAUUGGGACGGCUGUUCACGAGAGUUUGACAUGCAGGAGCAACUAGUGCAUCAUAUAAACAAUGAUCACAUACAUGGGGAGAAGAAGGAAUUUGUAUGUCGAUGGCUUGAUUGUUCUCGAGAGCAGAAACCAUUCAAGGCCCAGUACAUGCUAGUUGUACAUAUGAGGAGACACACAGGAGAAAAGCCACACAAAUGCACUUUUGAAGGCUGUAUGAAGGCCUACUCCAGGCUAGAAAACUUGAAAACCCACUUGAGAUCUCACACUGGAGAGAAACCAUAUGUUUGUGAACAUGAGGGUUGUAACAAAGCAUUUUCAAAUGCAUCUGAUCGUGCCAAACAUCAAAACAGAACUCAUUCUAAUGAGAAACCCUAUGUCUGCAAAAUACCAGGCUGCACAAAGCGCUAUACAGACCCAAGUUCUCUACGAAAACAUGUAAAAACUGUGCAUGGUCCUGAAGCACAUGUCACUAAGAAGCAACGUGGAGAUAUCCAUCCAAGACCUCCACCACAAAGAGAUCAAGGCAGAUCACCAGGCCACCUGACUCAAGGUGUAGUUGGUGAGCAAAGAGACCUCAGCAACACUACCUCAAUGCGUGAAGAAUGCCUCGAAGUUAAAGCUGUUAAGUCAGAGAAGCCAGUGACAUCUCAGCCAAGCCCUGGUGGUCAGUCUUCAUGCAGCAGCAAACAGUCCUACAUCAGCAACUAUGCCAACAACGGGAUCGAGCUUAAUCUGACCAAUAGAGGUAGUGUAGGAGACCUCAGCAUUAUUGAUGAAACCCCUAUCAUGGAUUCUACCAUUUCUACAGCAACCACAGGUCUUGGUUUACAGACCAGGAGAAAUAUGACAGAGACCAAGUGGAUGGAACAAGUAAAGCUAGAAAAGUUAAAGCAAAUCAAUGGAGUGCUUCCAAGACUGAACCCAAUGUCAUCUUCCAAAGCCCCAGCUUUGCCACCUCUCAUAGGAAAUGAUAUUCAGUCAACUAGCAGCUGCAGCAUUGGAGGAAACAUGACUAUCUUAACCAAGAAAAAUGAAGUCACAAGAACAGAUAUUACUAUACUGAACAUGCUAAACAGAAGGGAUAGCAGUACUAGCACAAUCAGCUCAGCCUACAUGAGCAGUCGUAGGUCCUCUGGGAUUUCACCUUGUUUUUCCAGUCGUAGAUCCAGCGAUGCUUCUCAGGGGAACAGAAAGCUUCAGAACCUCAGUGUUGCUGAUUCCUAUGAUCCCAUUUCAACUGAUGCUUCAAGACGAUCCAGUGAAGUUAGCCAAUGUGACAGCUUGCCUGGACUUCUCAGUCUUACUCCUACACAACAAUAUAGGCUGAAAGCAAAAUAUGCAGCAGCUAUUGGUGGACCUCCACCAACACCACUUCCUAAUAUGGAGAGGAUGAGCUUGAAAACAAGAAUGGCACUAUUGGGUGAAUCUAGGGAAUCUGGGAUGUCACCCUUGCCUCCAUUAAAUUCUCCUCGAAGAUGUAGUGAUACUGGGGCCAACAGUGACAACAGGAGACAUCUAUUGCCUCAUGAUAUGCUUGGGAAUAGCACAAGAAGAGCUAGUGAUCCUGCAAGACCAUUCUCAGAUAACCUGUCUUUUCCAAGAAUCCACCGUUUUAACAGUCUCAACAGCUUUAACCCUCCUGCUUUGCCUCCAUACUUUGAAAAACAAAACUUUAGCCUAAAGAAUUACACUUGCCCAGAUGUUGGUUUGUUCCAGAAUUUAUGUUCCUCUGGCCCGCCAAGUAUUUGUGAGAAUAUGGCUAUGGAAGCGGCUACCACAGAAGCAGAUGGUUGUUUGAAUGAUGAAGAUCUAUUACCAGAUGAUGUGGUCCAGUAUUUGAAUUCUCAGAAUCAAGGUUUGUACAACCAAUUGCCAAAUGAUGAGCUACACAGCAACAAAGAACAUCACAAUCCAGCAAUGGAAAACAACAACAACUUUGAUCAAUCUCCUCCAACAAGCAACUCUCAGAAAAAUGACCUACCAAUUCAGUGGAAUGAAGUAAGCUCAGGAAGUUCUGACUUAUCUCCAUCAAAAUUAAAAUGUAGACCACAGUCCUUAAUACAGCAAACUCAAACCAUAGGCCCCUAUAAUAACUUGGUCAUUCAACAGCAGCUGCAGCAGACACUGGAGAGAAAUGGUAUUAUCCAACAAAAUGCCUAUCAGCAUCUUGCAGACAGCAAUGUUUCUUGCAGUAUAGAGCAAAAUGUACUCAUGAACAACAAUGACACAAGUUCUUAUCACUUACACUCAAAUAAAUCACAGCUAUAUAGUAAUAAAUUUGGCAGACAACCUGUGAACAAUGGCUGUGAUGUGAUGAAUCAAGUUGAAAAGCUGAGAAGCCAUUUCAUGUUAACUAGUGGAAGUCAGCGAAAGUUUGGCUAUCAUGUGAUGCCAGAUGAGCAGUCUGCCAAUGCAAUUAACAAGAUGCAGAGCAGAAAUAUAGUUUUUGAGGAACACCUUUCUAACCAGUCAGAAGAUGAAGUGAGCCAUUGCCAAGAAGCAAGACCUCCCAAUAAAAUGAUAGAGCAAAUUAUAGUUCCCUCACAAGCUAGCUGCCAAGAACUCCUGUCUCAGAAUGGGACCCAUCCAUCAGUUCUUGCCAAAACCUACCAACUAUAUUCCAACCACUGUGGAGACAGAUGGCAAAACACUUUAAGGAAUAACAUGGUGAGGCAAUGUGGACUUCUAAUGGAUACAAACCAGUCACACAGGGUUACAGGUAUCAAGGUAGAAUCUCAAGGUCAGUUACAAGAAUUCUGCUCCAAUGUGCAGAAUUAUUCUGGUCAGUUAUAUGACCAAACCACAGGGUUUAAUCAGCAAGCUCUGAAAGCAGAAACUUUUUCCCUUUCAGAAGCUAAUUACCUAAUACAAGAGGUAGCUACUGAAAGUACAUCAGAGCUUCUCUCCCCAGGGGUCAACCAAGUGACAAGCACAGUUGACAGCAUUGACAUAAGCAGCCUUGAAGGUGUGCAAAUUGAUUUUGAUGCUAUUGUAGAUGAUGGUGAUCAUGCCAGUUUAAUUUCAGGAGCCCUGAGUCCCAGUAUCAUUCAGAAUCUAUCACACAAUUCUUCCCGUCUUACCACUCCCCAAGCAUUUCUUACAUUCCCAGUUAUGCCCAUAAGUACAACCAAUAUGGCUAUUGGGGACAUGAAUUCUUUGUUGACCUCACUUGCAGAAGAAAGCAAGUUUCUUGCUAUUAUGCAAUAGACCUAAACAACUUAGGGUAUGAAAAAAUUUUAAAUGUGAUUUUUUGUUGUUGUUGUUGUUACUUGUCUUAAGUACUGUAACAGUCUCAUCUCAGCUAAAUGAGAUGUGUUUCAAGUAUAUUCCUUUUAUGGAAUUAGAACUGAAAAACCCUAAAGUGUUCUAGGGAGAAACUGUCUUCCAUUUCAGCUUUGAAUCAGUAUUGUUACACAUGCCAUCCCUUCUUUUUUAUUAUUUUAUUUUUUAUAUGACUUUGUUUUUUAUUUUUGUAAUUGCAAACCACUGUAAAAGUGUAAUGUGCAUGUUAGCUUAUUUUUGAGGAAGAUCUGAUAUUGCAAUUUAUUGAUACCUAAAAGAAGUCUUGAAUGAUUAUGGCCAUAACUCUUACUGUAGAUAAACAAUUUCUAAGACACAUUUCUGAGGGGAAAUUUGAAAUUCUGUCCACCUCACUAUAAAUUUCAUUGAUGAGAAUUGUUGAAAGCAAAGUAAACUAAUUUAUGGCACGGGAGGGGAAAAUUAAUACUUUAAGUGGUUAUUUCUUUUGCUCUAUAUCCCUUUUCUAUAUCAUUUUGCCUGCUGCAGAAUUUUUCAGAAUUUUCAUGCAAAAAGUUGGCUUGCUUUGUUGGAUUUCAUCAAUGCCAUGUGUAAACUAACAGCACGAUUAAGAUUGUAAUGGAUUAUAUUAUAGGGAGAAGAUCAAAGGCAAUGAACAAAUUGCCAUUCUGAGAAUUCUGCGUAUUGUUGCUUAUUCUCACACUUUAUUAAUAAGCUUCCAAGAAACUCUAAAGUUGUCUCAAACCCAAGGUAGAAAUCAUUGGUCUAGGCUGAGAAAACAGCAAAAAUUAAACCUGAAAUUUAUUCCAAUAAAAGUGUUAACAUGGUGAGAGGGGAGAGUUAAGUAUUAGAUAUCCUGCUCUGAUCAAAAAUUAAGUUAGGUUUUUAGCCAUUGGGAUAUAACAAUAAGCCUCACAUUUUUUAAUACAUUGUGAUGUACCUAUUAGAAUAAACAUGUUACUGUUCACCUCUAUUAUAAAUCUCCUUACUGAGACUUAAAUAAAAUAUGCACUUUUAAAGAAAGAUUAGUUAACAUUCUUGCCAUGUGAUUUAUAUAUUUCUAAGGAUUCAGUGUCUUUCAAAACUUUUUAUUCCUUUCAAUCACUGUUCAUUUACAAUUGGAGCACUAACCCAGAGUUCAGAAUAAUGUAAUGGUGCUAUAAAUGUCUCAUAUUUGAAACCGCUGAUAGUGCUCCAUUCAUGGAGACAUAUGAAGAGUUAAAACAGCAAUUAUUCUUGUUUCCUGACUCAUAUAAGAGUUUCAAAUCAUUUAGUUGUUCAGCAAACUACUGGCCCAUGCCUACAUACUUAAGUUUGAAAAUAUCAAGUUUGAUAAUAUGAAUGUAUAUUGAUACAUAUGGUAUUUAAUAUACUAAAAGCAGACAGUCUGAUCAAAGGAAAAUAAUAGCAAUAGUUGAUGUGUCUAUGUAUUUAAAGAGAAUAGGCAAUUUUCCAGUACCUUCACUGUUCAAACGUUAAUAUAAUAAGACCAGAAUUGAUAGUGCUUACAUUGAUUUACAUUAAUACAUGUAUGCAUCCAAAAUAUUUAAAAUGCUACCCAUUCUUUGAGAUUUGUCAUAUAAUUUAUCAUAUUUUGAUAUCUCAUGUUAUUCUUUUAUUGCUCCAGAUAAUCCAAUUUCUUGAGUUACUCAGCAUUUGCAGUUUAUUUAUCUUCUCAUUUCUCACUGCUAUUUUAGUUACUUUUUUAAUCUUAUUACACAUUCCAAAAUAAUUAUAGUAAGUAUUUUAACUGUAAUGUGUGUAUGCUCUGUGAGAGCAAUGACUGCUUCCUAGUAUUUCAGACAAAUAAUAAAAUGAUUGAAAACUCAGUUAUGGAGAUUGUUUCACAACUCAGGAGUUUUAAUGAAGACUUUAUUGGUCCAUAUUUCCCAAAAACCUCCAUUGCUGUUGGGCCAAGAGUGCUGUUGCAUUUGAAGUGUUAGACUUCACUAAACAGCUGUAUAACGUCUUAGUUAGUCAACUGUGUCAGAAUUAUCAUGUAUCAUGUUUUCUGUAUCCAAUUUCUUAUGGAUAGGACUCAGGAAAUAUUACUGAAAUGUACUUGAAUCCUUUGAUUGAGUCCUGUCAAAUAAGAUAGUUGGGAUUUUUUUAUAUAAUUCAUUUCCAGUAAGGCCUGGACAGUUGAAUUCUAAUCCAGCCAUUGCAUUAUAGCAAUCAAAAUGUUUUUUUUAUGACAGUACUCCACAAAUAGGCUGUAACUUUUAAAAAUACUUAACCACAUGUAUACCCAAAAUUGUGAUGACAGUUUUGGCUGAUACUGGUGGAUAAAGUUUCUGCUUGAUUGUGGAUAUCACUCUGGUAAAUAUUUCUAUUUAUUUUUAUUAUUACUAUGUAUUGGGUCCAAAUUGGGUCUUACUUAAAAUAAAUAUUGAAAUCAAUGGACUGAAUAAUCAAGUCUGAGUCCUUAUACAAAAUAAAUAAUAUUGCAUUUCUUUCUGGAUUUAACAAUAGGUCAUAGAACAAUAUAAAAUGAACAUGAAAAUUGAAAUUUAUCCAUUGCAGCUCUUGUGCAGAGUAAUAUUUGUUUAUUGAAAAAGCAACUAAGUGAGAGGAAAAGCUACUUGUCCUACCAUUCAAAUGUUCUUUCAUAAGAGCCAUAUAAAAACAGAUGUAUUUAUUUUUAUGCUUUCAUUUCCAUUAAAAUUUUGUUUAUUAAAGUGACAACAAAAGAAAGGACAAAUUUUUGAAUUAUAAUUCCAAUGAUUCAGUUUUGUAAAAUACAUAUUUAAGACACAUUAUAUGUUUUCUUGCAUAUCUGUUGAGAUGAGACAAGGUGUAAGCUUCUCAGUGCUGCUUGAUAAUUGCUGAUGUUUUGUUUUAUGUUUUCUUAAUUGAAGCUCUUCACAGAGUGGUCAUUUUUUUCAGUUCCUUAAGCUGGACUUUGGAAAUAUCAAGGUGAAGGACUUUAGUUACUGAGUAGUUGGAGCUUACUGCAAAUCUGCUGCACCAGCUAAGACUUAAUAGUCAUGAGAAUUUUAUCUUCCCAAAUGCUUGUUAAAAUAUUAAAUCUGAGGCUCUUUCACAAGAUUCCCAAGUCCAUUAGAACUUAGGUUGAUUCUAAGAACCAGUGUUAUAUUAGUAAUGUAUUAUAUGCAUAAUCUCUGUGUGACCUAAUUCUUCAGAAUGGUUUAGAUUACACAUCUAACACACAAAUAAUUAGUUAUAUACCUCAUGCUAUGCAUCACCUAGUGCUAUGCAUGCAUCUAAUGGUACAGUAUAUGCAGUUUCCUAAAUAAUAACCAUUACUAGCUCAGCCAGAUAUGAAAGUGUGUUCUAUUUGUGAAUUUGGUAGGAAUUUUAAGAGCAGAAAUCUUAAUUGGAUGUUGUAAACAUUAUUAUAAAUCUGUCUUUUCAAACUUUGUGCCCUUCAAAUGUAUCUAAGUGUAGUAUCCUUCUCCAAAUAACUCAGACUAUAUUGAAAAAAUACCUAGAAAUAAUCAGAUUUGGGAAAAGUGCUAUAUCCAUUUAAUUUCUGUCAUCAGAAACUGAGUGUUGAGUUUUACAUGAAAUGUUGCUGGAUACAUUGGUUAGUUUUUUAAUGUUUUCUUUUAUUCUCUGAUAUAAUAUUGUCACUUACAUACAAGUAGUAUGUUUGAAUUAACAAAAAAUACAUUUGGAUAUGCCUAACUUGUCAAUCUAGAGCAGCGCUCAAGAAAUAGGUUUGUGAGAUCAUUGAGAGUUUUAAGGAAAUACAGCUAGACUCAGAUAGGAAAGAACUUUUCAGAAUGGAAUGGAACCUAAUGCACUUAAAUAUCAAGACAGCAAUUUAGACUUUUGUUCUUACUAAAAGGAAAUUGUCAUAUGGUACUAUGUUUAAAAAUGCUGGUUUCUUGCUUUGGUUAUUUGUUUUUUGGAUGUCCUCUUUUCAUUUUCUUAAAAAGCUGUGUUUCUCUUCCUGUAAUAGAUGUGCCUUAUUCUUAAUCUGUUUUUUUUUUUUAAAGUUGGGGGACCAAAAAAUAGUGCCAAACUUUAACUGUAGAGCUUUGCUUUCCAUAAUACCUUUACUGCUUUUAAGAAAACUGUCUGAAUACUGUCCUGUGACUCUUUGGCAUUCAUGUGUCAUUAUCUACAUAGGAUUUGAAUAUCUUUUUUUGGGAGGGGGAACUUGUCAAUCUUCAGAUAUGUAAGAUAGAAAUGUAUGUUAGGGUGGUAUUUUCUUAUUUUCUUUUUUUACUUUUAUAAGUGUAUUCUUUUUUUAAAAAAUCAGUGUGUAAAAUACAUUUACAUAUAGUAAGAAUAGCAUUAAAUGUAGAAGAUCUUAGUAGUCUUCAUAUGAUAAAUUUGCUUUUAUGAUCUAGUAUUCUUGGAGCCUUAGAUCAACCUAAACAGUCAUAAUGUGGUGUUCAAAGGUUUUCAAAAACUAUUUAGUUAUUUUAUAAUGAGGGGUAAAAUGUUUCUUACAAUGUCAAUAAAACAUUUGUACUUAAGAUUUCAUCUUGAAUGUUUAUUUCAAAAACUAGGGGCAAGUCUUAAGCUAUAUUAUAAUUAACAUAAUACCUUACUGCUUUUCUUUCUGAAGGAAGGAAAUGCCUUGAUCGGUCUUCUCCUCAACAUAAGCUAACAACAGAGAUGAUUUUCUUACAUCUUGAACCAUAAUCUGGGAAAAUAAUUGUGAUGAUGAAGGAAAACCCAUCCUGUGGAAUCAUCACAUAGCCUUAGUAAUUUUGACUCAUGUGGCCAAAGAACAGCAACUCUUUUUGAGGAGGUAAAAAUAAAAGCCUCAGUGUUGGAAUGUAAAAAUCAUUUUAAUUAAAAAUGAGAAAAAAGAAAAGUAAAAAGUAUGUAGCCAAAUGCCAAUACAAUUACCAUAGAGUGAAAUAAAAUAGUAGCUUAUAAAUCAAAUCAAUCUAUGGGCCAGCAAAUAAAACAAAAGAGUCACAAUUAAUUAAGAUAAAAAGAAAGCUAUAAGUCUAAAAUAUCUGAAAAAAUAUUAGAAUUAAUACUAUGGACUACCAUGCAGGCUAUAGAACAGUACUUGGUUAUGGUCAAGGAAAUAAAAUCAGAUUGAUAUGUUAAUAACAUCUUGAGAUAUAACAAAUCAGAAUGACCAGAAUGUUUAAUAAAGAAUGGAAAUGAUUUCUGGUAAUCAUCUACAUAAAGAGGGCAAUUACAGAAUAAUGUUUUGUCAAUUCAAUUAUUCCUCCACUGCAUGGACACACUCUCUCUAUUUGAAGGAGAUUUUUUAGUGUCUUCCUUCAAUGACAGAUAUUGGGAGGACAUUGAAACUGGCUAAGGAGAAGGCACUCCUGAAUUUUGGGAUCAUUAUGUGACUGAAAUAUAUAGCUGAUUAAACAAACUGUACAAAGGGAUUCAAGAAGAUAUUUCUGGAUAGAGCUUGGUAGUCUAUUUUCAGCUCUAAAUCAGUGACAUCUUGUUGAGAUCAGCUAGUGCACAUUAAUAGCCCAUCAAAGUGAUGGCUCACCAUGAAAAGUCAUAAAGUUAUAAUUUAGCAUAUAUUGGCUGGCUUUAGGAAGAUUGAAAGCUGUCAAUCAUAAUUAAAGGGAUCAAAUAGACUGGAAAAAAGGAAAGCUUAAUUGAAUAGCAGAAGAUGAAAAUCCAGGCAGAAGUUUCAGUUUUAAGUAGGCCAGCUUCAAGACAAAAGAUCAGGUUCAGAAGGCAAUGAAGUUCUUGAAAGAUGGUUCUCGAAAACGCAAACUCUUUCCAAAGGAAGGAAUGAUUUGUAAGAGAUUUGUGGAUGCCUAUAGCUCAGGAAAAAUAAAUCAGAUAGCUAAAGAUCUUGACUUGCUCAAUUAGAUAAUUAUUUAGUCCCCAGACCAGCCAUCUUAGGGUGCUUAGCAAAAACUAUGACUUUGGUUUUAGAAUAAUUAAUUUCUAAGCAUUCUUCUUGGCAGUGUUCAGGUAGUAUAUUGGAACAACUAUUUCAGGCCAAUCUGUUUGAGAAAGCAAUAGCAAUAGCACUUACUACUUCACAGUGCUUUAUAGAACUCUCUAAUCAGAUUACAGAGUCAGCAUAUUGCCCCCAAAAAUCUGGGUCCUCAUUUUACUGACUUGGAAGUAUGGAAUGCUCAUUCAACCUUGAGCUGGUCAGGAUUGAACUCCUGCAAUGGCAGAGUCAGCCUGCAAUACUGCAUUCUAAUCCCAGCACCAAAGUAGCACAGCAUCAUCACAUGUGUCUAUUUCCCAAUUUUGGCAAAUGAAGACAUGGGCUGUUCAGUUCAUUGAUAACAAUAUUAAAAAUAAGGGAAGCUAAAAUACACCCUUGUCUUCACUCCCCCCUUAAUAGCAGUUUCUUUGGUGCAGUGUAUUUGGGCUUUCAUUCAUCACUUUCAUCCGGGAGUUUUCAUAUACAGUAAUUUGUAUGUAAGAAUAACCAAUCUUUUAUCAAUUGACAAAGCAUUAUAGUAGUCCCAUAAUUUGCAUCUGGAGAUGAGAUCAAAAGCAAAUUUAAAAUCAAUGUUUUAAAAUAUGCUUUAAAGGAGUAUUUUUCAACUAGAUGUUAGAGGGUUAAAGCGUGGUCAAUGAUGGCCUUGUCUGAGCCAAAAUAUUCUCAGUUCUUUUCGACUCUAGGGGUUUCUGCAAUCUUGUCUACAAGCAAGAGCUGCUAGGUCCACAAAAAUAGGAAAAGUAAAAGGAAAUGAAGAUGCUACAAUGCCACCUCAAGCUUAACAAUUGCUAAUGAAAAUGAUUUAAAAAAUCUGGAUAGUGGACAUUACAGUACCUGGAGACAGCAACAUAGAAAGAACUGGAGAAAAUCAUAACAUAAAAGACUUGCAGAUAGAAGCAGAAGGGAUGCGGCAAAAUAAAGCAAAGAUAAAAUCAAUAGUAAUAUUAUUCUUGGAUGCACUUCCAAAACAUCUAGAGUGCACAUGAACACCAUCAGCAAUGACAAAUCAUCAUCUGCCAAUUGCAAAAGACUACUUGGAACAGUUUACAUCCUGUGACAAUACCUUUAAUAUUAUUGAACAACAUCUGCUGUCGGAGAUUCUUGGGAAAGACUUGAUGGGUGCAUAAAAAUACCAAAUCUGGUCUAAGCAUUUGGCUGACUAUGCAACUAAUUAUAAUAAUAAUAAGACAUGAAAUCUAUGAAAACAUACAACUCUUUGAUGAUUAUCACUUGAACGGUUUAGAUAUAUAUUGGUGAGAAGUUUCUGUUCCUUUUGAUUUGGGGUUUUUUUUUAAUGACGCUUGUUCAAUGUUUUCUGACCUGUUUUAUUAAGGCUUGAAUAACUCAUUUUCUAUUGUAACUGAAAGUUAUUAUUCAAUUUCCUUGUUGUAUGUUGCUGAAAAAUAUUGACAUUAUUAUGAAAAUUGCAGAUGAUAUUCCUUCCCAUUCUAUACAAUCUGAUUGUAUAACUCUGUAACAAGUAUAUCGCAAUAUUAAAUUACUACUUGACAUUUAUUCAGAAAAAUCGGAACCAUGGUGAUAGCUAUUGUAAGGAAACCUUUAUUCAUGUAUAUAUUUAUCAAAUUGUUUAUCUCAAUCACAAUUGAAUAAAUAAACUGAAUAAACAAAUAUUCUACUACAUUUAUGAGGAAAAUAAAUGAGAUUUGCUAAUUCCCAGAUUUAAAAUUAUAGGGUACAGACUGGUUUGUUUAAGGUGGGAGAAAUAAGAAGGAUCACACAGACUUUGUUAAACAAGUUUUUUAACCAAUUGAAUUAUUGUAAGAUGAACUUAGAUUGUCCCUAAUUUAAAAAAAAAUACAGUGCAUUCAAUUAAUCAUGUCUUGAUUUCAGUUUGAUCCCAAUACAUUAUAAACAUCUGAAACUCCCAAAUUAUUUUCCAUAUUGGUUCAUUUUUUUGAUAACCAUUGAUCUGUUCUUUUUAAACAACUAAAGGUAUAAUUAAGAUAGAUGCUCGUUAUUUGUAAGAACUCUCGAAUAAAGAAUUGGGAGUACUAAAAUAUCUUUAUUACACUUUUUGAUCAGCUUAAACAGUAAAAAAGAUAAUUUAAUACAAUGAUAUGUUAUCAGGGAAAAAGACAAUAAAACAAUGUAUCC